CUCGAUGCGACCCAGUAGUCUCUAGUCAUCAAUUCCUUCACGUUCGAAGAACCGUGACUUGAUUCUGACGUAACGAAAAGACUAUAUUUUUUUCAAAUAUUCACGUCCUCCGUCAGGAUGAAGACGGAGGUGUUGUGUCUCCUAAUUUGUCUCGGUGUUGUCACCGCUUUAACGAGGAAGCAAGAGGCACUCGAGCAGAAUCGUAGGAAAGUGGCUUUGCCAGCGUUGCAGAAGAAACAGCAACCUACGGCAGACGAGGAAGAGUACGAGGAGGACGAAGAAGAACUUUCGGAUCAAUGUCCCGAACCUAACGGUUAUUUUCCUGAUGCGGAACAAUGCGACAAAUAUUACGACUGCCGGGAUGGCAAAGUCAUCGAGAAACUAUGUCCCGAUGGUCUUGUGUUUAACGACUUUAGCCCUCAACACGAAAAAUGCGAUCUGCCAUUCGGAAUCGAUUGCACCAAGAGGCCAAAAUUGCAGAAACCACAACCCUCUCCACAUUGCCCAAGAAUGCACGGCUAUUUCGCUCACGAAGAUCCUAGAAUAUGCAAUACGUUCUACUACUGUGUAGAAGGAAAGUAUAAUAUGAUUACGUGUCCAGAGGGUCUGGUCUUCUCCGAGAAAACGGGUAUUUGCAAUUGGCCCGACGAGGCGCAGAAAAAAGGCUGCGGUUCCAGGGAAUUAUUUAAUUUCACGUGCCCAAAAGUAGACGACUCUGUUGCCGCUACGCACCCUCGAUAUCCUGACACGGAGGAUUGUCAAUAUUUUUACGUGUGCGUGAAUGGAGAGAUACCUAGGAGGAGCGGUUGUAAAUUGGGUCAAGCUUUCGACGAACGCACUGGAAAAUGUGAUUGGGCGAGGAAAAUACCCGAAUGCAAAGACUGGUACAAAGGUCAAUUGACCGACGAGGAAUUGGACGCUUUGGAAAAUCCACCACCGAAACCAAAACCUUCUGGUGGACAUAGCAGGAGAAAAGGCGCCAAACCACCGACGUAGAUUUAAGAUUAAGUUCAUCUGUAGAUUUUAAUGUUCACUGACUUAUUAAAUAUUUCAUGGAAAAUAAAACACUUUUAAUACGUC